UCAAUAUAAAUAUUCUCUUUUUCUGUAUUUAAAUAAAUAAAUUAACCAAAAUCAAAUAGUUGUUGAUACAUGUUCCUCAUGCAAACCUCCUUACUCACCAUGUCAUACGUACGUGUCAUCACACAACAACAUCACUUUUUCUAUAAAAAUAAAAAACACCAUAUCAUCAUCACUAUACUAUAGUUUCACCAUUCUUUCAAUUCACACCUCUUCAAAUUCUCUUCUCAAAAAAGCAAAACUUUAGAACACAUCUCAUCAACAAUGUCAACAACAGAACGUACAACACCACACCAAGUCUUAGUUCACACAACAACACAACGUUAUGUCGACACUAUUACCCCUCAACAGCGUUUUGAAAGUGGUGUUGGUGGUGGUAGAGUUACUCAUAAUUACUCAGAAAAAUCUCCAUCAGCCUCUCAAGUUCUUGCUGUCAUUACAGGUUUUCCUGUAGGACUCAUACUUCUUUCACUUGCUGGACUCUCACUGCUCGGGACUCUUACCGGUUUGGCAGUGACAACACCACUUUUCAUCCUCUUCAGUCCUGUUAUUGUUCCGGCCACCAUUAUCAUUGGCUUGGCUGUUGCUGGCUUUUUGACUUCCGGUGCUUUCGGGCUGACGGCUCUUUCGUCGUUUUCAUGGGUGCUGAAUUACAUCAGGGAGACUCAAGGGACUGUGCCAGAGCAACUUGAGUAUGUGAAACAAGGUGUGGCUGAUGUGGCAGGUUAUGUAGGACAGAAGACAAAGGAGGCAGGACAGAAGACAAAGGAAGUUGGACAAGAGAUACAGUCAAAGGCUCAGGAUGCAAAGAGAAACUCAGCAACAACAGGAACAACAGGAACAACAGGAGCAACAACAACAACAACAACAACAGGAGCAACAACAAUUACAGCAGCAGCAUAAGGAAAUGGAAGUGAUGAUAGCUUUGUUGGUUUAGUGUUUUUGUUUGCGGUUUAUGUGGGAAAAUAAUAAAUGAUGUGUUGUAAUGUGGUGAAGUUUGUGUGUUUGUUAUUUUGUUGGGUUAUUUAGUAGGGUAAGUCAGUUUUUAUUAUGAGAUAAAAUGGGUGAAGUGUCACGUGUCAACAAUCUUUAUGUAGAUAAUGGUGGUUAGCUCAUGAUGUUUUGUUGUCUACUUGUCUUGAAUUGUUGAA